AAAGAAAAGGAUAAAAACAGUUGUGGUCUCAAUAGCACUGCUCCAAAAGACCAGAGUCUCUCCAGUAUUCUCCGUUGCUCCUGAUUUGCUAAAGCUAUGGCUGAUAAGCCCCAUGCAGUUCUUAUCCCACUUCCAUUUCAAAGCCAUAUAAAAUCUAUGCUAAAACUAGCCAAACUACUUCAUCACAAAGGUUUUCACAUAACCUUCGUCAAUACUGAAUAUAACCAUAGACGCUUACUUAAAUCCAGAGGUCCUAAUUCCCUCAACGGUUUGUUUGAUUUUCGAUUUGAAAACAUUCCAGAUGGGCUCCCUAAUUCGGAUAUUGAUGCUUCCCAAGAUAUCCUUGCACUUUUUGAGGCUAUCAAGAACAACUUAAUGGCUCCUCCAUUCAGUGACCUACUUAACGAGCUCAAUGAGACAGCCACUUCUAAUGUGCCCCCAGUAACAUGCAUCGUGUCGGAUUCCUUGGCAUUCACUAUCGCAGCUGCUGAAGAGCGAGGAAUACCUAUUGCACUGUUUGAAACUGUCUCUCCUGGUUGCUUCAUGUGCUUCAAACAACUUCGUCCACUCAAAGAAAAAGGUCUUGCACCAUUAAAGGUAUGAAGGUCCACUGUUUAUCACCAUUUCGGGGUUGUUAAUAUCUGGAUUGCAAUUUAGUAACAAAAGAUAAAGCUAAAUGAAUUUUGAAGAGAAUGAUAUCUUCUUGUGUUAUUUCAGAGUAAGCAAAAUUUAUGAUUUAUACUGAUGGUUUAACAUCAAGAUUCUAUAUUAUUGCCUGUGAUCAAGCCUAAUUAUCUAUGAACAGGGAAAGAAAUAAUUAAAGAUUCAAUUACAGUAUUUGACUAAAUUUGAUUUCCUAUUAUGU